AUGACCGCUUUCCUUAUCUCCCAAGAUGAUGGGAGACAAUGGACUAUGGUCGAAGAGGGUUGGAAACACCCUAUGAAACCCAUGAAUGAGGGUUCUGCCGUAUUAAUGCAGAAACCCAAAUCAGAAUGGGAUGAUAUUGAAAAAGGUGAUUUUAGGAUGAACACCAAAGCUCUCAACAGCUUGUUUUCUGCACUAUCUGAAAAAGAACGGAGACGGAUCAUCACUUGUUCUACCGCUAAGAAUGCUUGGGAUACCUUAGCCACUACCUAUGAGGGUAACACUAAGGUAAAGGCUCAGAAACUUCAGAGCCUGUUCCUUGAGUUUGAGGAAAUGUCUAUGUGUGAGGAUGAGAGUAUAGAUGAGUUUCAUGGUCGCCUUCUUAGUGUCACAAACCAGUGCCAAGGAUUGGAAGACCCCAUUCCCUCCCAUAGGAUUGUCAAAAAAUUCCUUCGUGCUCUUCCACCUAGUUAUGAGGCUAAGCAAAUUGCCAUAGAGGAAGCCCAGAAUCUAGACACCUAUUCCUUAGAUGAGUUGGUAGGAAACUUGAAAGUUUUCGAGUCUAAGAGAAAGAAGUCUAGGAAGGAAAAGACCAUAGCCUUAUCCAUUGUCAAUGAGGUAGAUGAGAAAGAAAAGGAACCGGAGGUUCUUGAGGAUAGUUUGGAUGAGAUUGCCUACCUAACUAAACAGUUUGAUAAGUUGCUUAGGAAGAGAAGGUCUUUCCCUGUUGGUCGUUAUCCCUCCCGAGGUUCGGCUUCUAGGAAUCCUAAACCUAGUGAUACCACAGGCGAUAGGACUCCCAAGCCUAAAACUUUUCAGAAAAGUGAUAAGUGCUAUGAGUGUGGUGGUGUCGGACAUAGAGCUGCUGAAUGUCCAAGUAGGAAGAAUAAAUCCCACAAAGCUUUUAAGGUGUCUUGGAGUGAUAGUGAUUCCGAGCAAUUCUCGGAUCAUGAUAAUGAGAAUAUAGCUCUUGUUGCCUCUAUUGAGUUAGAUGAGUUCCUUGAGGAUGAUGACUGUGAUAUCUCCAUGCACGAUAAGUGUUCUAGGUUAGUGUCUGCCUCUAAGUCCAUGCUUGCAAAAAUUGAAGCUCUCUCUAAUGAGUUUUCAGAAUGCAAGGAGACCAAUGAAGGGAUGCAUGAGAAGUUGCUAUCCCUCAAGUCAAAAUGGAAGACAGAAAAGUCAGAUCUUGAGAAAGCCCUAAUUGAUUCACCUCAACAAUUUGAGAAGUUCUCUUUUGGGUCCGAAAAGUUGACUAAGAUUUGUGGUUUGGGUAAGUCCGAUAGGGACAAGUCUGGUCUAGGGUUUGUAUCUGGAAGUUGUUUUAGUCAGGGUAACAAGACCGUGUUUGUCAAGAGCAAAGAGCCCUUGAAUCCAACUUCCUUAGAGCCUACUAGGUCACAACAUUUUGUUCCCACUUGUCAUUAUUGUGGAGUAACAGGACACAUCCGUCCUCGUUGUAGGAAGCUUAGAUUCAGUCAGCAAAACUCUAGGAAGUCACAAAAGAAGGAGAGUAUCACUACUUUUCAGUCAACUCUUGAGGACUCCCUUAAGGAGCUAUCCAGGAUAGCACAGAGUCUUGCCAUCCCAAAGCCAAAAAUUCCAGCUAGGAAUCCUCCUGCUAGGAGAAGAGCCAACCCUAAGGUAGGAAAGGCUAGGAGAUCUUUUGAGACAAAUUCUCUUGACAAACAUGUUCGGGAACAUGAUUUUGAUGAUGACGAUCUGUCAUGUUUUGUUACAAGGGUCAGCUUCCAUCCUAAACCUCAGGAUAGGAUAGUAGCCAUCUGCAAUGUCGCCCUUACUGCUCUUUCAACUAGGAAGCCCGACUCUUGGUAUGUUGAUAAUGGUUGUUCUAGGCACAUGACCAGUGACCGAAAGUGGUUCUCGACCAUGGAUGAGACAUACCCAUCAGGCAGUGUUGUGUUUGGGGAUGGAGCCAAGACUGAGAUCAUAAGCAAAGGGACAGUUAGUACUCCUGGUCUCCCGUGCCUGAAGAAUGUUCUUCUAGUUAGAGGGUUAGAAGUCAGUUUGUUAAGUGUAAGUCAGAUUGUUGAUGAACAUGACUCAGUCACUUUUGACAAGUCAAGAUGUCUCAUCUUAGAUGGGAAAGGUAGGAGCAUCAUGAGAGGUGAUAGGACUAGAGAUCAAUGUUACUGUAUCUCUGCCCAUGAGAAGUUCACUCCCCAAAUUUGUUUUCGAUCUCAAGUUGCCGAGGACCUUCUUGAUCUAUGGCAUAGACGUAUGUGCCAUCUCAACCAUCAAGACAUUGUCAAGCUCUCUGCCAAAUCCGGGGUAAGAGGACUACCUAAGCUCACUGGUAAAUCCAUAGGUAUGUGCUGGGAUUGCAAGAUGGGUAAGCUAACCCGUACCUCUCAUCCUUCACUUUCUGCUAAACCUACUUCCAAAGUUUUACAAUUGGUGUAUCUUGAUUUAGUAGGUCCCAUUGACACCGAAAGUGUUGGUGGUAGAAAGUAUGUGCUUGUUAUUGUUGAUGAUUUCUCUAGGUUUACUUGGGUAAAGUUUUUGACAAGUAAAGAUGAAAAUUUUGAGAAAUAUUAUAGCUUUGCAAAACAAGUCACAAAUGAGAAGUCACAUGAGGGUUUGCGUAUUGUUAGGAUCAGAUCUGACCAUGGCACCGAAUUUGAAAAUGCAAAUUUUACUGAUUAUUGUGAUGAAUAUGGUGUGCACCAUGAGUUCUCUGCUCCCAUCACUCCCCAACACAAUGGGAUAGUUGAAAGGAAGAAUAGAGCAUUGGUUGAAAUGGGUAGAGUAAUGCUAAACUCAGCUGAACUCGCUCAUUCUUUUUGGGCUGAGGCUGUUAACAAUGCUUGUUACACCUUGAAUAGGGUUAUCUUUAGGCCUGGAACUUUCAAGACUCCUUACGAGUUAUGGAAGGGAAGGAUACCUAACAUAUCACACCUCAAGGUGUUUGGGAGUCCUUGUUACAUUUAUAAGGAUAGAGAGUAUCUGACCAAAUUUGAUGCUAAAUGUGACAAAGGUGUUUUUCUUGGUUAUGCUUUAAACAGCCGUGCUUAUCGUGUGUACAACAAGAUAUCUUGUAAAAUUAUGGAAACCAUAAAUGUUGCUAUUGAUGAUUCCCUUGUUUGCUGUCACGGUUCUCCUUAUGUUCCUGUGCAGGAACAAGAGCCAACUCAGAGCCUAGCUCUCAAAAACAAGCCUUCCACAUCUGAAGUGGAAGAAGAGGUAAGUGACUCUGAUCUUCCAGCUGAGAUCCUCACUGAUGGGAUAGAUGCAACCCUAGCUAUCUAG